AUGAUUGUUGAUUAUGGAUUUUUUUUCUAUAGGAAGGUUUCAGUGUGUCUAUUCAAUGGAGACAUGGUCGUGGGAUGCAUGCAAAGAAUGAGUGUGGUGGCGAUUGAAGUGACGGAUGAGGAUCAUAUAUGCUUACAUCCUGAUGAUGAUAGAAGGCACAGGUCGUAUGUGGAGCGAGUGAUGGAGGAUCCAAAGAUACUUUUGAGAAGCAAAGGUAGUACAAAGACGAAUUUGAAGUUAUAUGUGUCUUUUAUGACAAGAGGAGAGUACAGGCCGAAGGUCUGUGGAAACAAAAAGCAAGAGAUAAUUGGUAAAAUUAUGAAUAGAAGCAAGGAAGUGCUAAGAGAAACGGCCGUUAGUGAUGUGCAUGGAUAUAUUAAACUGUGUAAGGUGAUUGGAGAAGCAGUUGAGAUGCCACCAAGUGCAAGGUUGAAGCAAAGAAUUACAAAAUUAUUUGGAAAGGUAGAUGGUGUGGAAAGAAAGAUACAAAUAAAGGAUACUUUAUGUGAUAUGAUUCGCAACGAAAGCGAUAAACUUAAUGGAAUGUGCUUUAUUCUUAAGGUGCAUCAUGACUUUUGCAUCAAGGGAGGCACUAGAGACUGUAUAAGUAUGUUUGAAGAAGAAUACAAUAAGAUGUUGAUAAAGGCAGCAUCAGGUAUGAUGAACAAGGUGAAUAAGUACGGAUGCGAUAUGAAGUGUAUGAUAUACCAUGCACUGUAUCCAGAGGUGGAUCUGUACAAUGCAUUUGUGGCAUGUACAAAUGUAGCGGAUUUCGACAGAAGUAUGUUGGAAAAUAGAUCACUGAGCACUAUGAACGAAAGAGGAGUAAGAGAUGCCAUUUCCAAUAGUAUUGAUUGGUUUUAUGCAUCCUUAGAUGUGCAUGAUUGA